GAUCUUGAAAGAGUUGUUUUGGCGACAGACGUCGAAUCACCCGUGAAAUUUUGGGCUCAAGUUGCAAAAGCAACAGUCGCUCAUCAUUUGUCGACUGCAAGUGACGAACUUCAAUUUUAUUGUCCAACCGGGUUGAAGGUCACCGAUAACUCGCAUCAGAAAAACAAGGUUCGUUUUUUAUGACAACAAAUAAAGCCCUGGGCAAACUAGGAAACAUUGUAGCAGAAACAUUUGUGAUUCUCAAUGUUUUCUCAAAUGUUUCCCUGUUUGCGCACCCAUGGAAAAAUUGUUGCAGAAACAAAAUUUGCUUCCCGAGAAGCAAGAAUGUAAUUUCCUAGAGAGUUCAGAAACAUUUGAUGUUUCCCUAUGUUUCUCACUAAUGUUUCCUAGUGUUUGCCCACUCUGGGAAACAUGGCGAAAUAUUGGUAGGAAACAAUGUUUUGCAACAAUGUUUCCUAGUUUGCCCAGGGCUUAAUUUUGUCAUUGAACUUGUUUUUAAGUACUAUUUAAAAGAUGAGCAGCAGUGUUAUAUCAGAUAUAAUGAUUCUAACAAAACAUGCAAUGCAAAUGUUUUAAGUUGCUUAAAAAACGACCGAUCUAGUAAGUUCAUUGGCAAAGUAAUUUUCAAAAAAUACGUUGUGUAAGUUGAGAAAAGCAAAGUUAAAGUUUAUGUAAAUCAAGGGAAUCUCUAUCACUGCAUAUAAAGAUACGACACAUAAUUUUUCUUUGUGUUUUCCUCAUCAUAAAUUAUUCAUGAGUUUUUAAGACAUAGAUCAAAUUAUUGCUGAUCAUUGUUAACUAACUGAACGUGAGGUCUAUACAGAGAAAUAUUGGACCGAGGUCUUUUUUGUGAGCCCACAAGGCGAGGUUUGUACAAAAAGACCGAGGUCCGAUAUUUCUCUGUACAUACCGAGCAAGCGAGGUUAAUAAAAAGUUUAUUAUAUGCAUGGCAUUUAUAGGCAUUUAUACUUGAAACAAACAAGAAAUGCAUGAUUUGAAAUGCAUAUUAGUAGCAUCGUACACAUUUGGUCGAAGAAAACAAAAAAUACCAAUGUAUUCCUUUUCCACUAAAAACCAUUCGCAGAUAUCUUCUUAACAAAUUAAAUUAUAAUUUUUAAAUUUUCAAUUAAUUUUGUUGUUUUGUUUUAAAAUGCAUGCAUUUCACGGAAAAAUAAUGGACCGCUGAAAGUGCUUUUCAGCUAAUCACAGUCCGCCAUUUCACCGGAAGUGAUGCAUGCUUGCCAUAUAAUAAUUUACUAUUAAUUGUUACAUAAUUAAUAAUUUACUAAUUGUCUGCAUUAUUUUGUGGCAAGUAAUGACGAUUUGUUCGUGAAUAUCAUAAACACUAAUAUUUUUUACAAAUGUCUAUAGGUCUAUGGUGGAAUUUAUCCUAUUGAUAAUUUAUGGUACAGAUGUACUAUUAUCAAAUUUCUUCAACAGGGAAUGGUGAGUUAUUUGCUAGUUUAGUUUACUGGACCUCUAGAUAGAACAGUUUAGAACUGAUAAGAGCUAUCCAGUAUGAAUAAACUUUGUUUAGUUUAGGUUUCCCCCUGUAGUAACACUGGAUCAAUAAGAGAUGAUCCUUACUGGACCUCUAGGGAGAACAGUUUAGAACUGAUAGAGCUAUCCAGUAUAAAUAAAGUUAGUUUAGUUUAGGUUUUCACGUGUAGUGACACUGGAUCAAUAAGAGAUGGCUCUUACUGGACCUCUAGGGAGAACAGUUUAGAACUGAUAGAGCUAUCCAGUAUAAAUAAAGUUAGUUUAGUUUAGGUUUUCACGUGUAGUAACACUGGAUCAAUAAGAGAAGAUCCUUACUGGACCUCUAGGAAGAACAGUUUAGAACUGAUAGAGCUAUCCAGUAUAAAUAAAGUUAGUUUAGUUUAGGUUUUCACGUGUAGUGACACUGGAUCAAUAAGAGAUGAUCCUUACUGGACCUCUAGGGAGAACAGUUUAGUACUGAGUAUAAAUAAAGUUGGUAUCUCUAGGAAUAACAGUAAGCGCUCAUCUCUCGUACACCUGCUCGUACACUAUUUAAUUUUUCAACCAUGUUUAUGUAGCUCGGGAAACGCUUGCCGGACUCCACGUGAAAGCGGCAUUUUAUUGGAAUUGCAAUUAUUUUGCAACUGGAGUAGCAUACGACAUCAGAAAUGGUCAUUCUGCAACCGUUCAUGGAUCGGCAACGUUUGAGCGGUCACCAAUAGACUCUGGUUUCAACCUCAAAGUACGUAAAUUAACUAUUUCUGGUUAGAUUUGACAAAGCACUGUCGUGCAACAGAUGCUGGUCAACCUGCAGUUAUCAGAAUGAGAAGAUAGUUUUGUAUUUGAUAGCAAUAAACAGAAGUGAGAGAUUUAGUUUAACUUUCUUGCUCCUGUGAAGCCAGGAUGAAACGAGGAUGUGAGUACAUGAGAGUUGGGAGUCACGCGAGCUUGGUUAGCUGUUCUUAAUGCUUUCCCAACACUAUCAUGUAUUCUAUUGAAGUUAAAACAUAGUUGGAACAUUCAUCAAACCUUUAUUUUGUCAAUCUGGAGUUUGAAAUGUCCCCUGUAGCAAUGCGUGACUGACAACUCUCAUAAAGUAUGAUGACGAUUGUAGUGAUGAUGGUGAUAUCAUGAUGAUGGUGAUAUUGCUAGUGAUGACGGUGGUGAUUAUGAUUGUGGUGAUGAUGGUGAUUAUGAUCACAGAGUAGAUAAAACAUACAGAGACGUAACUGACCGUUGUAAACACUGCAGAAGAUUACGUUAUCAUGUACCCACUUUUUUCAGACGACCGGGCGAAAAAUGAUCAACUGCGCGUGCUCAGCAAGUUUAAAGUGAGUCGUCAUCAGGUCGUCAUCCAAUCAGAUGCAUGCAUCUAGUAACUUGCCGAGCAUGCGCACAAAAAAGUGGGUACACUAGUUACGUCUCGGUAUGUCUCUACUCUGUUAUGAUGGUGAUUAUUAUGAUGGUAAUGGUAGUGAUGAUGGUGAUUAUGAUGAUGAUAUCAUGAUGAUGGUGAUAUUGCUAGUGAUGACGGUGGUGAUUAUGAUUGUGGUGAUGAUGGUGAUUAUGAUGGUGAUUACUAUGAUGGUAGUGAGUGAUGAGGGUGGUGAUAGUGAUGGUGGUGAUGAUGGUGAUUAUGAUGGUGGUGAUUAUUAUGAUGGCCGUGGUUGUGAUGACGGUGUUGAUGGUGAUUAUGAUUGUGGUGAUGACGGUGAUUAUGAUGGUGAUUACUCUGAUGGUAGUGGUAGUGAUGAGGAUGGUGAUAAUGAUGGUGGUGUUGAUGGUGAUUAUGAUGGUGAUUAUGAUGGUGGUGAUGAUGGUGAUUAUGAUGGUGAUUACUAUGAUGGUAGUGGUAGUGAUGAGGGUGGUGAUAAUGAUGGUGGUGCUGAUGGUGAUUAUGAUGGUGGUGAUGAUGGUGAUUAUUAUGAUGGUAGAGCAGUGAUGACGGUGUUGAUGGUGAUUAUGAUAAUGGUGAUGAUGAUGGUCAUAUUAAACUGAAUUUAUUUUUGUUGUUUAGGGACAGUCUGCUUGGGUGUACCUUGGUAAUUUUUCACAACAACCAUGCUUAGUUGACCCUUUCAACUGUGACAUAUUCGUGUCUGUAUGGUUAAAGAUUCAAAAGAUGACACGUCACGAUACUUAUGUCCUUGGUAAUAGAUAUAGUGGCGCUCACUUUCUUUAUGGAUUUCAUGUUCGUAUAUCGGGUAAGAAAAGGAUUUUAAUGUGGUUUCGUUUCUCCUUGCUGGAUCCUUACUGGAUCUCUGAGAAGAACACUUUAGAACAGAUAGAUCAGGUAUAGUUAAAGUUAGUAAAAUGCAUCAGAUCCGAAAAUACUUUUUAGCACAGUGUUCAAGUUGCUACAUCGUAAAGUUGAGAGGCGUUUUCCUGGUGCCCUCGAAGAUUGAACUCGUGAACAAUUUUAUACAAUUUCUUGACAACAAGAUAACCACUAUGAGGAAAGAACUAUGUAAUGAAUUGAUUUCUACUACACAGCCUAGCUCAGUAGAGAAGCAGAUAUCAUGUACGGAAUUCAAGAAGUUCAAAAUGGUGUCUCUGAACGAGGUUGAGAAUAUCAUCGACGCGGCUAGCAAAGAAUGUUGUGAACUUGACCCGAUACCGUCAGCAAUACUAGAUUUUGAGGAAUAUACCAGUUUUCGACCUCUCUCGAAUCUGAAGUUUGUCUCUAAAAUAAUCGAAAAGGCGGCCGCCUGUCAACUGAAUGAAUAUUUAACUGACAAUGACCUUGAGGAACCUCUUCAAUCUGCAUACAGACGUUUCCAUAGCACAGAGACAGCUCUCUUAAAAGUCCAAAACGAUAUUCUUUGUGCGUGCAAUUGA